UUAAUCUCGCCGGGCGUUCGUGGACUUUCGGUGAUCAAGAAGCACAGCGUAAAACAACUCUGCCGACUAAUACACUGAAAUUUAAUUAAACAUAUUUUUUUUUCUUUAAUAAAUAAUUGUUAAUUGGGAUUUUAUUCAUAUAAUUUGGGUGGUAAUUAGUGAUCGACAAAAUGGUUGAUUACAGCAAAUGGAAAGAUAUUGAGAUUUCAGAUGACGAAGAUGAUACUCAUCCAAAUAUUGAUACUCCAUCAUUAUUCAGAUGGAGACAUCAAGCACGUGUGGAGAGGAUGGAAGAGCAGAAAAAACAAAAAGAAGAAUUGGAUCGUAUAAAGGAGCAGACACUCUUAAAGGUAGAAGAAACUAAGAAGAAAAUAGCUACGUUGGAGAAGGAGCAGGCCAACCCUGAAGAUCUAAAUACCUUGAAAAAGUCUCUGCAAGAGUUAGAGCUGGAGGAGCAAAAGGUCACGGCUAAAGAAGAGGAGCUUAAGAAGAAAGAAAAAUUAACACCCUGGAAUGUUGACACUAUUGCACAGGCUGGGUUUACCAAGACUGUUAUAAAUACAAAACCACGCAGACGACCGGAUGAGGAGGAACAGUCGCUGCCAGAUGAUGUCAGAGAACUGAAGAUGAAGGAGUUUGUUAAGACCAAUGAAAAAAGUUUGAAGAAAUUCGGGAUGCUGAGACGUUAUGAUGACAGUAAACAGUAUCUUCAGGAAAAUUCGCACCUUGUUUGUGAAAAUACAGCCAAUUAUUUGGUGAUUUGGUGUAUCAACUUGGAAAUGGAGGAGAAACACGAGCUAAUGGAGCAUGUCGCGCAUCAAUGCAUCUGUAUGCAAUAUAUUUUAGAAUUAUCUAAGCAACUAGACGUGGAUCCUCGCGCUUGUGUUGGUUCCUUCUUUAGUAGGAUUCAAAUAGCCGAUGUGGAGUACAAAAAGUCGUUCGACGAUGAACUCGAGGCCUUCAAAGAGCGAAUCAGAAAACGAGCUCAAGAAAAAGUCGCUGAGGCUCUCAAAGAGGCUGAAGAGGAAGAGAGAAAAGCGAGACUUGGGCCAGGUGGUUUGGACCCUGUUGAAGUCUUUGAAAGUCUACCUGAGCCAUUGCAAAAAUGCUUUGAGGCUCAGGACAUACCUCUGCUGCAACAGACUAUUGCCGCGAUGCCAGAAGACGAAGCUAAAUACCACAUGCGAAGAUGCAUUGACAGUGGUCUCUGGGUUCCUGAUGCCAAGUCUAAGGAGAGUCAACCUACUGAGAGUGAAUCUUCGACAAGUGAAGAUAAACCCGAAGUCGCUACACCUACACCUGAUCCAGAAUAAUUUUCUUUGUACAUUCUAUAUCAAGCCGCAGUGACUUCUGGGUAAAAGGUGGACGCAUCAAAAUGGCCAGUAGCUGUUCUAUUAAAACUCUACAUUCUCCAAGUCAAGUGGAAAUCAUACAUACAAUCUAAACACAUAAGUAAUGUAAUGAGUAUAUGCGUUUAUUCCAAACAACAAAAUUGCGCGCGUCGUUAAUGUAUGAGUGUGUACAUGAGAACUUAUGAAAAUUAAUUCAGCAGAUAUUUAAUUAAUUUUUUUAACAAAUAAAUUAUUAAAAAAAAAAACUGACAUGUUGA